AUGUUUUCGUCAAAUCGUCAGACUACAAGACUGACUUGUGGGUUCAAAGUGAACACUAGCUCUCCCGAAUGGCACAAGAGCAUGACGAAAAUUCUUAAGAAAAUCAAAGGAGGAAACUUUUGGAUAGACGUGGACGAAGGAAUGGCUUACGUAACGGGUCAAGGCGACCCAAACAAGCUAUUGAAAUUGAUGGCUUCAAGGAAAGGUAAAGACGCUGAAAUGGCGUUUGUGAAAACCGGAACACAUCAUCAUCAUGAUCAUUCCCAUUUUGGCAACAGUUAUCAAAACUCUUACUUUGGCCAAUCAACGCCUUAUUGGCCUGGAGAUAUGAAUAUGAGCAGCUACCACCCGUCAUCGUCUCACGGUUACUACCCUUCGGCACCGCCGACUAUGCAACCUUACCAACAACAAUAUCCUUAUUCGGGUGGAUAUGGUUACGGCUAUUAUUAG